UCGUCGCAGUUCCAUUCGAUUCGGAAGAAACAGCGCAAAAAGCAGAGUGAGCAAAGCACUGAGCAUCUAAGAGUGAUAAGCUUAUCAGAGCGGAAGCCAACAUGGGGCUCUCCACGAAGAACCUUCGACUGAUCCUGGUCAUGGUAGUGGCCCUGAUUCCGACCUUGGCAAACUGUAGCUUCAAUAAAGCCACCUCCAAUCACUCGGCCAACUAUGAGCAGUCCACACGGGAGAUUUUGGCGACAGCCACCGAGCGGAUGCAAAAUAUUUGGAACAUGAAGCAGAGGAUUUUCCUCCAGCUUACAUCCAAGGGAAAAUCGCCGCUGGGCGGACAGGCUCCCACCAAGCAGGAGGUCGAAAAUGAGACAUAUCAUCUGAUGUACGAGCUGGCGGCAAAUCUGAGCGUGGUGCCCGUCAAUCAGUUGGAAGAUCCGCUGCUGCGACGUCGCGUCCAGCGGCUGGCCAAACUGCAGCUGCUGGGACUGCGGCCACGGGAUUACGAGCAGGCCAAGGAUCUGUUGCGUUCCAUGAGGAACUUUGUGAGUGGCCCGCUUGUUUGCAUCUCCGAGGACUGUACCACGCGUCGCCCCCUGGCCAUGUAUCCGCACAUCGUGAACAAGAACAUGCGGGCCAAGCACUACGAGGAUCUGGUUCUCAACUGGUUCAGCUGGCGUCGAGCCAUCAACGACAAGGACACUGCCAAGUCCACGUUCAUUGACUACGUGCGGCUGCUCAGGAUUGCGGCCACCUACAAUGGGCAUGUAACGCCUUCGCGGACAUGGUACCUCAACUACGACACGGAGAACUUCCAGGCCGAGAUGGAGGCAGUUGUGUGGGAGAUAAUGCCGCUCUACCGCGAGCUGCACGCCUACCUGCGGCACGAGGUGCAGGUAACCUACCCCAAGGCGGACACGAAGAGCGAUGGCGCUAUUGUGGCACCGGUUAUGGAUCAGAUUCUGUCCCAGGACUGGUAUCCGCACCAGUUCUUCCGCACUCCUCACCCCAGCAGACAGCACCAGCUGCCGUCCGUCCAUCGACGGCUGGAGGAAGUUCUCGUCACGCCUGUGAAGAUCAACAAGAAGGCCGCCGAAUUCUUUGAGUCGCUGGGCCUCAACCACAUGUCCGAUGGCUUCUAUGACCGCUACUCUCGGCGUAUGAACGAUGACGAGGGAGGGCCGGACUGCAAGUCGCAAGUCUACUACUUCCCACCGAACGUGGCUCUGCGCUACUGCCCCAAGUUGGACUACAAGAAGAUGAUGCAGAUCCAUGGAACGAUGGCCGAGCUGCAGUACAACAUUUACAAGCGGGACCUGCCCUUUGGCCUGGACACCGAACCGUGCCCAGGCUUCGGAGGUGCUCUUGCCGAGACUGUGGUCCUUGCCUCGGGCACCGCUCGGCACCUGCACCGACUGCACAUUUUGCUGAACGACAGCCUCUCGGAGGAGCAGUCCCUCAAUCGGCUGUUCCGCAUGGGGGUGCACACUCUGGUGGCUGUGCCGCAGUACUUCAUCAACGACAAGUUCCUGGUGGACGUGAUGGAUGGACGGAUCGGGGUGAAGGAGUACAACUGCGCCUACUGGCGCCUACAGGACAAAUACGCCGGCGUACAGCCUCCGGCUCUGCAUUCAUCGAAAGAUUUUGAUCCGGACUUUAAGUUCUAUCGAGGCAUGAACCCCGAAACCUCCAACACCAAGAAAUUUCUGUCUGAGAUCUUGGGCUUUCAGUUCUAUCGCUCCUUCUGCUUGGUCAGCGGCCAGUACAAGCCCGGAGAUCCAAAGUUCCCUUUGCACAAUUGCGAUUUCUACGACAGCAAGGAGGCGGGCGAUAUGAUGCGUGAGAUGAUGAAGCUGGGCGCCACACGUCAUUGGCGCGAUGUCAUGGAGAUUGCCACUGGGGAGCGUAAGUUGAGUGGUCGCGGCAUUCUCGAGUACUUUGCGCCGCUCUUCACGUGGCUGAAGGAGCGCAACAAGCAGCUGGACAUCGAGCCGGGCUGGGAUGCUGACGAGUUAUGCCGAAAGGAGUAAUGGCCGCACCCCAGAAUGGGGUCUACAUACAACCUACAUAUAUCCCUAACGUAUUCUAUUAAUCUCCCAGUUGGUGUAUCAAUUAAACUGUUGGAACACUUCACACACAAAUAUAA